AUGAGUGAAUCUCUCCAGGGCAACAAGCAACGUGUGUGUAUUGUCAAUGUUGGGCUCUAUCGUUCUGGUACGACGUAUCUCGCUGAAGCAUCCAAAAGCCUUGGUUUGAAGCCCUACCGCACAUUUCCCGAGCUGACGUCCGAUGAGCAGAAGAAAAUCCUUCAAGACCCCAAGAAGGCAGUACUCGACUGGUUUUCCAACGAUGGACUGAAUCAGAUCAUUCAUCUUGCAACAGAGUAUGAUCUUUUGUGCGAUGGUUGGGUGGCACUGCUAUCUUUUUUGCCGCCGUCCUUGAUCAAUAGUCUCAAGGCCAAAGCCCAAGACUCUGGUGUCUCUUUGGAACUCGUCGCUUCCACAAGAGACGUGGAAAGCACCGUCAAGUCUGAAUUGCACCAUUGGGUAAUUCAUGAUCUGGAGAAAAGGGCAGCUCUGAACCCAACCGAGAGAACGAGUCUCGAGAAUCUCCUUCGUGAACGAGCCAAGAUGCACUAUCGAUCAGUGCAAUGCCUUUGCCAGCUGGGCAUGCUAAAGCUCCUCCCUCUUGAGGACGGCUUGGAAGAUGAGUGGCCAAAAGUUUUGUCUCCGGUUGAUAAGGGAUUUGUUGAGGAAGAUUGGGCCAGUGCCCUGCGCAGCACUGAGAAGCAGAAUGUCUCCCCGCCUCUCCCAGUUGAAGGUAUCUUACUAACUCUUCGUUUUGGAAGUGAUCCAGAGGCAGUCGAGAAGAUUGCUUCUAUUGAAAGGCUUCUAGAUCAGAUCGAAGAAGACAGUCUCUGUCAAUAUUUGGUCGUUUUGGCUGUCGAUAACGACGAAGCAAACGGCGACGCAGCGGGUGACCUCAUCAAGCAUCUCAAAUCUCGAGAGAGGAAGAGUCGCCAACUCCAGAAGGUCCACACAAUCACAAACCCACCAAGAAACAGUCAGGAGCCGUUUCCCAUUUGCUCGAUCUGGAACGAAAUGGCCACAGUUGCCUGGGCAAGCGGUGCUGACUGGGUUGAGUUGCUAGGAGAUGAUAUUGGCAUUGACUGCCCUUUCCACUACCGAGCAUUCUACCGGGCGUUCCUUGACAUUUCAGAGCGUCUCAUGGUCCCGUUUGGGUUCGGAUGCCCCUGGUGGAAUGACCGUACCUUCCCCGGCUUUCCUAGCUUUCCCUGUGUUGGAAAGACUCACCAGAAAAUCUUCGGUGGACUCAUCCCGAAACAGCGAGGCUCCAGCUUCAUAAACCAAGACUUGGAUCCUUACCUUCAUCGCAUGUACCAAAAGUCCACGGGCGCACCUUGCGUGAAAGAAGCGGUGCUCUCUAAUCGAUCAGGAGGGAACAUCAGUUCAAACACGAACGCCCGCUACGAGCGCAUCUGUGCCAAAGGUUCUUGGCAAGAUUUCGCCGUGGAUGAUCUUGAGAAGAUACGCCAGCACCUUCCCAUUGGGGUCACUGAGUGCUUCCUCCUCGAUGUUGUCGUUCCCUCGUAUCGAGUCCGAUUGGAUUAUCUGGAAAGUAUCUGCUCUCUCAGGGUCCCGGAGUUCAUCCAAAGCCUCUUUAUUAUCAUUGUCGACAACCGUAGUGCUCUUUCAGGGAACACUGUUCGUGUUCGCUGCAACGAGAAAAAUGUUGGAGCCUCAGCAAGCCGCAAUCGUGGCCUUGAUGAGAGCGCCGCGGAGUUCGUUCUGAAUCUCGAUGACGAUUUGAUCCCCAAUCCCGACUUGUUGGAGCAGUACGGUCGUGCAUUGCAGAAUUUGGAUGAUGAUGUCGUAGGUCUCAUUGGCCUCGUGCGGUUUCCUCGAAGUCCAACAUUGCCGCUUCGACAUGCUGCUGUCCUAAUGAGCUAUCUGACAUUCAUGUUCGAGAUUGCGGAACAGGGCGGCAUGUACCAGCCGGCUACCCCAGCCUGGGGUGUUACGGCCAACAUCUUGUUCCGUCGAACCCGCAUUCGUUUCGACUUGGCGUAUGCCAAGACUGGUGGAGGUGAAGAUGUUGACUUCAGUUUGCGUGUCUCAGAGGCAAGCGGCGGGGGCCACCUCGUGCCCGUACCUGAAGCGUGUGUGGUCCAUCCAUUCUGGCCCGGUUCAGUUCUCGCCCUGGCUAGCCAUUUCUUUAAUUGGGCCAUUGGUGACGGCGCCCUCUUCAGCCGCUUUCCCCGGUACCGUUACUGGUCAUUUCCCAAUCUUCCCGAGAGUCUCUUCCUUUCUCUGCCGCUGUUUCUCUGGUUAGGACCAUUGCGUCUGUUCACGGUAAUCCCAUACCUAUUGGUGGCAGAUUUUGCUGUGGACUUUUGUAACCAGACCGAGUUCAAUCACCGAUGUCUCCUUCUCGAUCGGGGCCAGACACUGGUGUCCAAGCGCAGCUACGUCUUUUACUUUGCUGCCCAUGUGUUGGGCAACAUCUACGUGGUUGUCCUCGAAAGUGGGCGCCUUUGGGGCCACAUCUGCCGCAAUGAACUCUUGACGACUGGACUUUUCCGACGAUUUGAUUGGCACUGUGGUCGAUUGCAGGCAGCGCCGAGCAAGUUUCGCCAGCGCGAAGCCGCGAAGUUUGGCCUCUUUGUCAGCGUCCUAGUGUACAAUUUGGUUGCAUCCUCGAAGUCGAGCAUCUGA